AUGUCUCACAGUGAUACCCACCCUCAAUCAUCUUCUUGCAAGGACUCUCAGCUCUUCCCGACUUCCCCUCCACUCCCCCCUCUUCCAACAGAAGAAGAAUUGUCCCCAUAUAAGACGUAUUACUCGCAAUUAUCCCCUCGUACUCAUAAACCAUAUAAUCUCUUGUACAGUCCAGAUCACGACAAAUUGCAAGAGUCUAUCAUAGGCUCAUGGCGAUCUUCUGAGCCUUCCCAAGAACGCAAGAGGAAUAUGGAAGACUUACGUGUCCUUCUGACCAAUGCAAUUAACGAAACCUUCCAUCCUGAGCUGAUAGACGCUCUCAAUGGAGAGAAUAAAAGAAGAUUUGAGGUUGAGAUUGUCGGGAGCAGUAGUUGGGGAGGGGAAAUAGAUAAUUCGACGGAUGUGGACUUGUGUAUCGUUGAUUCAGCAUUGCCUAGAGGAUACGAGCCUUCCAUGUGGCUUCAAUCACCUUCAAGCACCAAAAUCGAAUCCAACACCCAAGCAAGACAAGGGCGAUACGAAUCAUCGCAGAAUUUACCGAAGUGCUAUUCGCUGAAAGCGCUUUCGGACUGUAUUGAGAAAGUAGGUAUGACACAUACCAAGCGACAUCCCCUGCCUUUACCAUUGGUUAAAUUCGUCGAUCCGGAAAGAAAGUUGGGUUGUGAUUUACAAUGUAAUGAUUUGGCUGGAUUGUACAAUUGUUCCCUCAUUCUCGCUUAUUGCCAAACCUCUCCCUACGUCCUCCGACCCCUAAUUUACACAAUCAAGAAAUGGUACAAAUACAUCUCAGGUAAAGAUCCCAAAUUAUCCAACCGUCAGAACAAAUUCAAAUUAUCUUCGUAUUGCCUUUCACUCAUUUGUAUAGGGUAUUUACAACAUAUCGGACAAUUACCUAAUCUCCAAGAAGACGUCAUUGCGAGAAGGUACGAUACGAUUGAAGAGAUGAUGAAAGACGAUGAGUUGAUUUGGGGCGAGUGGGGUAGAACACAGGGAAGAGCCUUUCACACGUCAUUUUCCAAUAAGCCAAAAGAAAGUUGGAAGGUUCGAGAUACCAAGAUGGCCGUGGCAGAAGUUAUCAGAGGGUUCUUUCAAUACUUUGCUCAAGAUACAAUCGAUACCAAAUCAGAGUCAACAUAUGCUGAGAGUUCCGACCACUUUAACCCUAUCACACAUAUCAUAUCACCACUGAAUGGAGGUAUCAUCCCCCGUACGCUGAUAUACAACGACAAGAUCUACGCGAAUCUCGAAAAAGAUCAAAUGACUUAUCUGAAGGGGAAAGGGUACGAUCCCUUUCAGAUCAGUCUGAUAAUGCAACAUUACCGAAUGGCCAAAUCGCUCCAGAUGGAGAUGAGGAUGGGUAAAGGUGAUGGGGGAAUACAAUCUUAUGAAUGGUGUGAAAGGAAACUGGUCGUUCAAGAUCCAUUUAGAUGGAUGAAAAAUCAAGCCAGUGGGAUGAGGGAGGAGGUCUGUGAUGGCUUUUUUGAUUGUAUCAAGCGGACACAUCGAAAGUUGGAAGAAUUAGGAAAGAAAGCGACGAUUGAAGAUAUUCUGACCAUCGAUAUGGAUGCAAUUAAGUAA